AUGGUAUACAACCCCGAGAUUUACGUAUCCCUGCUAAUAAAUUUUACGACCCGUGUAGGUGGGAAAGAUUGUAAUAAUGAUUGUGUUACAAUCAAAGCACUCAACGUGGUCGAUUACAAACCAGUUAACAUUUACAUGUUGGGCUAUGACUGCAACCGGUUUGUGGGGUUAAGUGAGUCGGACAAAGACGAGCUCUCGUGCGGUAUUUGUCUCAAUAUAUUCCGCGAACCAGUGGUCACUCAAUGCUGUCGACAGACAUUUUGCACGCAAUGUAUACGCGAUUGGCUUAAAAAUAACAAAGAGUGCCCUUUUGAUAGGACACCAUUGACUGCGACUGAACUACAUAAACCACCCAGGUGA